AUGGCGGAAGAGAAUUCAUUUGCACAAAAUCAAGUCGUCGUUGACACUUCUCAUCCCUUGUACCUAAGUCCUUCAGACAAUCCUGGAAUAAACCUUGUGUUUACUCUGUUUGAUGGGACUGGAUAUGCCGAUUGGCGAAAGUCCAUGCUGAUUUCAUUAUCGGCUAAGAAUAAGCUGGGACUAAUCAAUGGAAGAUAUUCUAAACCUAGAAAUGAUUCUCCCUAUUUUGAGCUUUGGAUACGAUGUAAUGAUAUGGUUAUGGCCUGGUUGUUGAAUUCUCUAACGAAAGGAAUCAGAUCCAGUGUUCUGCACUCUAAUUCAGCCAGGGAUCUUUGGAAACAACUUGAGGACAGGUAUGGUCAAUCUGAUGUAGCUCAGUUGUUUAGCCUGCAAAGGAAAUUAUUAGAAACUACACAGGGUUCUAAUGACAUAGCAACAUACUUUAACAAUAUGAAGGCAAUAUGGGAUGAAUUAAAUGGACUGGAUGCAAGAGUUCCUUGCACUUGUGUUGAAUGCACAUGUGAAGCAAAGCAUAAGAACAAAGCAAUUGAGGAGAGACAAAAAUUAGUUCAGUUUCUCAUGGGCUUGAAUGAGACUUAUACUACUUAUAGAGGGAAUAUUAUGAUGAUGAGCCCCGUACCAACCAUUGACAAGGCCUACUCUCUUCUUCUUCAAGAAGAAAGGCAGAGAUCUAUACAACCUACAAUGAUAUCACCUAUGGAUUCCAGUUCUUUUAAUGUUUCUACACAGAAGUCUGGACAAUAUACUGGACAAGGAAGAAUGAACUUCAAUGUGACUGCUGGAGGAGGAAAUAAGUAUAAUCUAGCAAAGGAAAAUGACAAAAGGAAUAUGUUUUGUUCUUACUGCCAAAGACUUGGGCACACAGUAGAAAGAUGCUUCAAAAUUCAUGGUUAUCCAAUAGGUUUUAAGACAAAUAUGCAAGGAAAUAAGCCAAGAAAAUUUCAGAACUCAAACUUUAUACAAGGAAAUGCAGUGUCCACAGAGGAAGAUGGUAUUGAUAUGCAGGGAAACUUAAACCAAGGAACUCAAUAUAACAGUGUCUCACCAAGUGUUGUGGGAAUAAGUCAGGAUCAAUAUUUUCAGCUUAUGGAACUCUUACAACAGGUCAAAAUUGGUCAACAAGCUGCUUCAACUUCUGAAGUCAAUGUAACUGCUAAUUGUGUUGGUAUAGCUCCUAUUUUACCCUCUAUACUCCCUGAUAAGUCUUUCAUCCACUCAUGGAUCCUUGACUCAGGUGCUUCUGAGCAUAUGACCUUUGAUAAGUCCAUUCUGUUUGACAUCAUAGCCCUAACUCAACCUUUAAUUGUUAACCUACCAAAUUCUUUCAAAAUCAAAGUUACUCAUGCUCGAAAAGGCCUUCCCUCGAAUAGGCCUUUGGAUCUUGGUAGACCUAGUAAUGGACUCUACAUCCUACGAACAAAACACUACCUUUCUGGAUAUUCAGCCAAAGCAGACAAUAUUAAUUCCCUACCUGCUGCAGAUAUUAGUGUUAAUUCUAUAAUUCAUUCUAUGUCUAAUUCUGUUGAUCAGUGUCGGGAUAUGUGGGAUGUAAUAUUUCAUGAAUCUAUCUAUCCUUUUGCUCUCAUUUCUCCUACUGCCAGCCCUUUAUUUCCUUCCAUGUCUUCUCAAACUAAUUCACAUGACACUAUCCCUAUCACUACUCCUGCAAUGCCUAUUGAUCCUCCUAUGCCUACUGAUCUUCCUAUGCCUACUGAACCCAAUAUUUCACUUGAAGCUCUUACACACAUAUCUUCUUCUACACAGAUUCCUAAUUCAUCAUAA